AUGGUCAUCUUAACAUUGUUGAGUGACCAUUUUCGUUCGUCUCCCCUUUCUCAACACUCCCCCAUUCUCUCUCAGAAGAUGGCUGCCGAUCAAGAUGCCGUUGGAGGAGCACUGAAAUAUAAGACAUGGGUUUUGAAAGUCCUCAUCCAUUGUGAAGGCUGCAAGAAGAAAGUCAAGAAAGUUCUUCAUGCCAUUGAUGGUGUUUAUGAGACGAAGAUAGAUUCUCAACAGCACAAGGUGACGGUCCUUAGCAGCGUGGAUGCAGAAACGCUCAUCAAGAAGCUGACCAAGUCUGGAAAACAAGUCGAGCUUUGGCCGGAAUUAAAGCCUGAAAAGAAAGACAAAAAUCCCGGCAAAAAAAACAACAAUAACAAACAGAAAGAUGGCGGCGGAGAAGCCGGUGGUGGUGGUGGUGAUGAUAAUCAUGACACAAACAAUAAUAAUUCAGCAGAGAAACCGAAACCAGCCAGCGCCGCCACUAAAGGCACUGCCAGAGAUAACCAGCAUGACCAAAUGGGAGGCAAAAGCGAGGAACUCGACCCUACACAAAGUUCUAGUGGUGCUACCAAUGGAGGUAAUAAAAAGAAGAAAAAGAAAGGCCAAAAAGCCAACCCUAGUCCCAACGGCGAUACUCAAUCGGCCGUGGCACCUUCGGACCAUGCACCAAUCAAUCCGAGCCCUCGGAUUCAGCCAAUGUACCCUUACACGCCUCUGCUCUAUGGCUUUCCAUUUUGUGGGGUAAGUUACAACACCACUUACCCUAGCUCAAGCUCCUUAUAUUUCUCCCCUACAAUGCAUUACGUGCCACCAGCUCCAGCGUCCGAUCCAAGCGAUAAAUUCAGUGAGAAUUAUUACUACCAUGACGAUGAUGAAAGUGGCUGCUCAAUCAUGUGAAACAAGGGAUUAAUCAUGUAUGCAAAUUUGAAAGGAAAAAAAAGGCACUUUUGCUUAGGGAGAAAUCAAAAGCUGUUCUUACUUUUUAUUGGGGUUUGGAGGGUUUUAUAGUUAUUAGCUUGUCUUUAUUUACGUUGUUUGUAAUAACUU